AUGUCUUUCGCAUCCCGUGUUUUUGCCAUCACCGGCGGCGCCUCUGGUAUGGGCCUCGCUGUCGCGAAGAUGCUUUCGAAACAAGGAGCGGCCGCGGUUUGCGUUGGCGAUCUGAACAAGAAGAACUUUGAAUCAGCUACUAAAGAGAUUCGUGGCGAGAAUCCCAACACUGCCGUCGACAUGUCAUCACUUGACGUGUCUAUUCCAGCAGCUGUGGACGAGUGGGUUUCGAUGAUCGUACAGAAGUACGGCCGACUUGACGGUGCCGCCAAUGUAGCUGGCGUACCUCAAGUUGCUAGACAGAGCAGUGAAGCCGGACCAACCCUGCUGGACGAGUCUGACGAGAUGUGGCGUCUUCAUAUGGGAGUGAAUUUGGACGGCGUCUUCUACUGCACACGCAGCCAAGUGCGAGCCAUGAAUAUCCUGCGCCAGAGGGGAGACAAUACGGAGAGAUCCAUCGUUAACGUGUCCAGUAUGGCGGCUUUGAGCAAUGGAUCUUCAUGUUUGAGCUACGGCGUGGCUAAAACUGCUGUCGUAUCUUUGGGCGCCCGUAUCGCGAAGGACGUUGCGCCUUUUGGCAUCCGUGUCAAUACGGUGCUUCCAGGCGCUACAAACAGUCCCAUGCUUUCACAAUUCUUCCCAGGAGACGCCAAAAGCAUCUUGACAACUCUGGGAUAUGAUGUAGUGGAGCCUGAGGAUAUUGCUCGAACAAUUGUUUACCUUCUCAGCGAUGAAUCCAAGAAAAUUUCCGGAGUUUCACUUCCAGUUGGAACUGGACACUGA